AUGCCCAUGGAGAACGGGGUGUCCCAGGAGGCGGGAGGCUCCCACGCUUCUUCAGAAGGGGGGUCCAAGGGCCCCCCAGCACAAGGCCCUGGCCCAGCUCGUGUCCGGCCCCGGCUCGUUUUCCACACCCAGCUGGCCCACGGUAGCCCCACCGGCAAGAUCGAGGGCUUCACCAACGUUAAGGAGCUGUAUGCCAAAAUUGCAGAGGUUUUUGACAUCUCCCCGACAGAGAUCCUGUUCUGCACCCUGAAUACUCACAAAGUGGACAUGCAGAAGCUCCUCGGAGGCCAGAUUGGCUUGGAGGAUUUCAUUUUUGCUCACAUCCGUGGCGAGACGAAGGAGGUGGAAGUGACCAAGACGGAGGACGCCCUAGGGCUGACGAUCACAGAUAAUGGGGCUGGAUAUGCCUUCAUCAAGCGCAUCAAGGAAGGCAGCAUCAUCAACCGCAUCCCAAUUGUGUGCGUUGGCGACAGCAUCGAGGCCAUCAAUGACCAAACCAUCGUCGGGUGCCGCCACUACGAAGUUGCCAAGAUGCUGCGCGAGAUGCCCAAGGCGCAGCCGUUCACCUUGCGCCUGGUGCAGCCGAAACGCGCCUUUGACAUGAUCAGCCAGCGGACACGAAGCAACAAGAGCCCUUGUGAGGGGAAAGUGGCCAGCGGAAGGGAGACGCUACGGCUGCGUGCCCAGGGCAGUGCCACGGUGGAGGAAGCGCCAAACGAGUUUGAGGAAGAAGCUGCCGGAAAGGUGGAUGACCUUCUGGAGAGCUACAUGGGCAUCCGUGAUGUGGAACUCGCUUCGACAAUGGUGGAAAUGGCUAAGGAAUGCCAGAGCCCCGAGGACUUUGCUCAUGGCCUGGAUUUGCUCCUAGGAGAAUUCGCUUUUCCAGAAGAGUUCGUGGCAGAGGUCUGGACAGAAAUAUGUGAGGCCAGGGGCUGCUCCGAGUAG